AUUCCCCUUAGCACAUGUGAGCCCGUAAGCAAGAGAAGAAGUGUAGUUAUACUCAUUCACUCAUAUAAUUCUUUCAAAAUUGUAGGUACCUUUGCUAACAUUUUCAACAUGAAAAAGAAGCGCACCGUUGCAGAGGAAUCAGUGGAGAUACCUCUCUUGGAUUCAUCCAAUGAUGAUGAUGAUGAUCAGGAGGAGAAAGAUGAGGCUCCGGUAAAAGCCAAAAGAACCAAAUCUGAGGGCAAUGGAGAGCAGGAAGCGAUCCAUCCAGUGAAACUCUCACGAAAUGAUUUGUACAGACCUCCUUCUGCAGAGGAGCUGAACCAGCUGAAAGAGGCUGAGACCCUUUUUCAUUGCAGCCUUCUCAAAAUGCAGAUGGAAGAACUCCUGAAAGAGGUUGCCCUGAGUGAGCGUAGGAAACAGCAAAUUGAUUCCUUCAUUCAAACGGUCACCAAGUUGAUUCAGACUGUGCCAGAGUCACCAGUAGUUGAGGUUAAUGACCUGUCUUGGCUGUCUGGAGCUGUUAAGGUUCCUUUUCUCUUGGUGCCCAAAGCAACAAAGGGUAAAUUCCACAUGGCACCUCCAGCUUCUGUCAACCUGAUAGGGAGCUACCCACUGGACACUUGCAUCACACCACACAUUGUGGUGGACUUGGCAGCCACAAUCCCAGGUGAUGUCCUCCACCCAAAAGAUGUUUUGAAUCAGAGGUUUCCGAGGAAAAGGGCUCUGUACCUUGCAGGCCUUGCCCAGCAUCUCAAAUCCUCCUCUGACAUUGGGACCAUGCGUUAUUCCUGUCUCCAUGGAAAUCGGCUCCGACCUGUACUGCUGUUGACCCCUCCAGGUAAAAGCUCCUCUAGUUUCACUGUCUGUGUUCAUGUCUUGCCACCUCCUGGAUUCUUCAAGCCCAGCCGUUUCCACCCCGAGAGGAAUAACAUCCGGACAGAGUGGUACACAGGACAGCAGACUUCCCUCACUGAGAGCAGCGAACCUCCGACGCCACACUACAACAGCUCUGUUCUGGGGGAUUUACUCCCCCGAGCUCACCUCCAGUUUCUGUCUGCUGUCAGAUCCCAGUGCUCAGCUUUUUCUGAUGGGGUGGCUUUGCUCAAAGUGUGGCUUCAUCAAAGAGAGCUUGACCAGGGCACUGGUUGUUUUAAUGGUUUUCUGGCUUCAAUGCUGUUGGCGUAUCUACUGAUGACUCACAGAAUCAGUAACACCAUGACAGCUUAUCAGCUACUCCGUAACAGUUUGAACUUCCUUGUAUCUACUGACCUGACGGUGAAUGGAAUAAGUCUAGCUAAGGAUCCAGACUCUACAGCUGCGUCUCUGGCUGAAUUCCACAAGGCUUUCCCGGUUGUGUUUGUUGACCCCUCAGGCCAUCUGAACUUGUGUGCUGACAUGACUGCCUGUACCUACAAACAGCUUCAGCAUGAGGCUUCUGUGUCAAUGGAGUUCUGGGACAACCCCUCAGUCGAUGGGUUCCACUGCCUCCUCAUGACUCCCAAACCUGUGAUAAGGACAAGUGACCACAUCUUUCAGUUGUGUGACCUGGUGAAGCUUCAGUCCAGCUGUAAGAAACAGAACCUUCUCAGUGAACUAAUGGACCACAGUGGAAAUUAUGUCCAAACAGCACUGCCUUUUAUUCUGUUGUUGCUCCAACAAGGACUUGGCCAAAGGAUUCACCUCCUCACUCAUUCCCUCUCGCCCGAUCCUGAGUGGUCUGUGGAGAGUGAAGCUCCAAAAUACAAAAGUCAACCUCCCCUCUCCUUUGGUUUGCUCUUUCAACCAGAGCAGGCAGUCUCUGUCCUUGAACGAGGCCCACAAGCAGACAGCCCCAAGGCGGCUGAGUUUCGUGAGAUGUGGGGUCCUCGCUCUGAGCUGCGUCGCUUCCAGGAUGGUGCCAUCACCGAGGCUGUGCUAUGGGACGGAGAGAGCAUGUACCAAAAGCGGCUGGUCUCCAAACAGAUCGUCACACACUUACUACAACUACACGCGGACAUCCCCGAGUCCUGCCUGCGAUACAUGGGGGCGGCUGUGGAUGACGUCAUCAAAACAGGAAGUGAGGUGCCUGGUACUGGAGAGGAGGACAGUUUAGUGGUGGUUCAGUCUUACGAUGACCUGAGUAGAAAAUUGUGGAGACUGGAAGGUUUGCCGCUUUCUAUCACAGCAGUGCAAGGAGCCCACCCUGCCCUCAGAUAUACACAGGUCUUUCCCCCUCGCCCACUGAAGCUGGACUACUCUUUUUUCGACAGAGAAAAGACUUCCAAGUCAUUGAUUCCAAAGAAAGGCAAACCCUGUCCAGCUUACAUCGCUCCCAUCACAGUGAUUUGCAAUGUGGAGGGAAGUGGAAAGUGGCCUCAUGACCGUCUUGCAAUCCGCCAUAUCAAAGCUGCCUUCCACAUUCGACUGGCAGAGUUACUGAAGAUGCACCAUGAUUAUACAUGCAGGCCGUGUCCCACACAUCUGGAUGUCUGGAAGGAUGGGCUGGUGUUUCGGAUCCAGGUGGCAUAUCAUCGUGAGCCUCAGGUGCUGAGGGAGAGUGUGAAUGCAGAUGGGUUGCUGGUUGUGAGGGACAACGAAGAGGCUCAGAAUCUGGAGAUGGCUACCAUUCACAAGCCUUUACUUACCAGCACAUUACACGGGCUCCAGCAGCAGCACCCAUGCUUUGGAGCAGUUUGCCGCCUGGCAAAACGCUGGCUUGCAGCUCAGCUCUUCAGUGACGACAUCACAGAGGACACAGCAGAUCUGCUGGUGGCGUCACUUUUCCUGCACCCAGCACCCUUUACCUCUCCUAGUUCUCCACAGGUGGGCUUCCUUCGUUUCCUUCAUCUGCUUUCCUCCUUUGACUGGAGGAACAACCCACUGAUAGUCAACCUCAACAAUCAGCUAACAGCAUCAGACUACACAGAGAUCAAGAACGGCUUCAUGGCGUCCCGAGAGUCUCUGCCUGUCAUGUUUAUAGCAACGCCUAAAGACAAAAAGCUGUCUAUGUGGACCAAGCGAGCACCGAGCGUACAGAUGCUCCAGCGUGUGAUGAUGGUGGCCGCAGAGAGUCUGAAGGUGCUGGAACAUCAGCUGAUGGACAGCAGCCAGAUACAAGAUAUCCGGGUGGUCAUGCGUCCUCCGCUGGAAGCCUACGAUGUUUUAAUUCACCUGAACCCGAAGCAGGUUCCACUGCUCAGCCAGGCAGUUGACACUCCGGCCGUCAACUUCAGUAGGGGCGUCAUGACUGACGAUGCAGUCCAGUCUGGAGGGGCCAUGCCAGUUAUCGACUUCAACCCUGUGUCCCUCUACCUCACAGAGCUAAGAGAGGCAUUUGGAGACCUUGCCCUCUUCUUCUGUGACCCCUAUGGUGGGACAGUAAUCUCAGUUUUAUGGAAACCAAAGGCCUUUGUUCCAGCCCCCUUUAAGACGUCACAGAUGUCUGCUCGGACCGUGGAUGUCACUGGGGACGAAGCAAGUUCUGUUCCCAACGUUGAAGCUAUCCUGGAGGACUUUCAGAUCUUGGGAAAGGGACUGGUGAAAUCAGUGGAAGCCAGAACAGAGAAAUGGUCAUUUUAGACAGAGACACCAGUCUUACCGGCUCCAUUAACGUUGGAAUACAUUUUUUGUAAUUUUUUUUUUUUUUUUUGCUAGAGAAAGAAAUUUGAGUAUCUUGUUAAAAAUACUGUGUGGUAAUGUUAUUGUUGCUAAAGACAAGCUACAUGUUUGCAGAUCAGCUCAGUUGUUAUUUGUUUACAGUGACGCUAAAUUGAUCAGUUAAUUAAACACAUUUUCAAAAGUAGUUUCUAAAAGGUUGUUACUAUGAUGUUGUUUUUUCCCCGAGUACCUUAAACAUCUUACUGCAAAUGGUAAUGUGAAGAUUUCAUGUUUUUUAAAUUUCUUUUUAUUUUUUUGCUGUAAUACCUUUUAGAAUCUCACAAUUUGGGCUAUUUGUUCAACAAAACAAUCUGAAUGCAUGUUUGGUCCUGAGAAUGUUUUUUACAUUUUUUAAAUUUUCUUAUAUUUGACAAACUGAUUAAUCAAGACAGCACGUGUCAAAUAUUUGUAGUUUUAGCUCUAUUAAACUUUAGUAUGAAUACAAA